CAGUACCUUGGUCCGCUGAGAGGGGUUUGCGGAAGAGCCUCAAUACCUCAGGGUUACGACCCCGCAUUGGGGCGCCGGAUCUUGGGCUCCGAGGUUUCCGUCAAUCGUGGCCAGCGCGAUAAUUAAGCGCCUUGCGGCUCUUAACACGCUGGACCCUUCAAUCAACAACCACGAGGCCUCCCGAACGGCAGCUGAGGCUCUGUAGCUACCAAGCCUCUCCGUUUCUCCUUUCUGACUCAAUCACGUGUAGAUCUAAGCUCGGAAUGCCAAUGAGACAAGAGACGGUUGCUGCUGUCAUACCCGUGGGCUCUGCAUGCCUUGGCGAGGAUACCUGGGUACAUCGCCUGCCGCUCAUCGGUUUCCGCGGUGACUAUCGGCGCAUGAUCCACGUAUACACAUUCACAGCCUCUUUUCCUUACCCAAGGUCGGUCAGGUAGAAAGGGAAGGGAAAUUUUUCUGCCGCGGGGGGGCCUAGGGUUUUGGGCUGCGGAGAAGUUGGGGUAAUAAUUGGUAGGGGGGAACAAUGGGUGUUGGAUGGAGAGAGGCGUGAAUACAGAGAUAAAGUGGGGGGGACGAGAGAGAGGAAGACACUGAGUGGGCAUUGGCAGUUGUAGGAACUGCGAGUAAUUAUUUUGUUGGUUCGUUUUGUACAUAGAUUUCUUCCCGCAAUCUGCAGGACACGCUGACCCUGCUCCAUGAACAGGGAACAGCGACAGUCUUGUCCUGCACCUCGCCUCGCUUUCCCACUGCUACGCAAUGACGUAUCUACGUAUGUAUUGUACCUCCAUCACGGAAAGAGACAAGGGUUGGGCAAGGGUUUG